AUGGCCGAAAAGAUAGACAUGGACGAAGGGAAGACGUCCAACGGGGAAGCGCACCUCGACGAGCCGGUGCUGAACGGAGUGGAGGCGCACAAGAGGAGCCCAGAGCCCCUGUCACAGCGGCUCCAGCGGAUAGUGAGGGCCAACCUGCUGGUCAUCCUCACCGUGGCCGGGGUCAUCAUUGGGGUCAUCAUUGGACUGGCUGUACGUGAAGCACAGCCCACCAAGACCCAACAGAUCUACAUUGGCUUCCCCGGAGAAAUUCUUAUCCGGCUGCUCAAGAUGAUCAUCAUCCCCCUGGUGGUGUGCAGCCUGGUGUCCGGGGCGGCCAGCAUUGACCCCAAAGCCCUGGGAAAGCUCGGCGGCUGGGCCAUGCUGUUUUUCCUCGUCACUACGUUAAUCGCCUCGUCCAUCGGAGUGAUCAUGGCUUUCAUCAUAAAACCGGGUGCAGUGACCGGAACUAAACCAAUUAUAGCGGGACUGGACGACGAUGUACCAGCACCUAAAGAAAUCAUUGACUCCUUCUUGGACCUGAUCAGAAACAUCUUUCCUUCCAAUUUGGUAUCUGCUGCCUUUGAGUCGUAUGCCACUGGCUAUAAGCUCAUAAAGAUAAACCGCACAGAUCCAAGUUCUAACAUCACAGUAGAAAAGGUCCCCAUUGGAACAGACCAGGAUGGUAUGAAUAUUCUGGGUCUGGUUGUGUUUGCCAUUGUCUUUGGUGUGGCUCUACGAAAGCUCGGCGAUGAAGGAGAGAUUCUAAUUAAGUUCUUCAACUCGUUCAAUGAGGCCACCAUGGUCCUGGUUUCCUGGAUUAUGUGGUAUGCUCCUAUCGGUAUCAUGUUCCUCGUAGCUGGUAAGAUUGUGGAGAUGGACAAUGUUGGCGAACUCUUUGCUAGCUUGGGCAAAUACAUUGCCUGCUGUAUGGUUGGCCAUGCCAUCCAUGGUGGACUUGUCCUCCCAGCGAUAUACUUCAUUAUUACCAGGAAAAACCCAUACACCUUCCUUUGGGGUAUUUUUACAGCUCUGGCAACAGCGUUUGGUACAAGUUCCAGCUCAGCAACACUGCCCUUAAUGAUGAAAUGUGUGGAAGAGAAAAAUGGAGUAUCUAAGCAUAUCAGCAGAUUUAUUCUGCCCAUCGGUGCGACUGUAAACAUGGACGGAGCUGCUCUUUUCCAGUGUGUGGCUGCUGUCUUUAUUGCUCAACUUAACAACACUCCUUUGAAUUUCAUCCAGGUCAUCACCAUCCUUGUGACGGCCACAGCUUCCAGUGUGGGAGCAGCCGGAAUACCUGCUGGGGGGGUUUUGACUCUGGCCAUCAUCCUGGAGGCAAUCGGACUGCCCACCAAUGACAUCUCUCUCAUCCUAGCUGUAGAUUGGAUUGUAGAUCGCACCUGCACAGUGCUGAAUGUUGAGGGAGAUGCUUUUGGAGCCGGCCUUCUGCAGCACUUUGUCGACCGCACGUCCAAAAAUGGAGGCGAGGAACUAGACGAGAUCAGAGUUGGACAGACAGAUACUGCACCCGAGCACUCGCCUCUUAUCAAGAAACGUGGAGCUGAGGCCAGACCGAAUGAAAAAGAGUCUGUCAUGUAA